UCAACUCUGGAACCCUGGUGAGCCUCUUGCUAAAUAAAAAAUCCUUCAUUACUUUUUUUUAACGUGGUUCAGAUCCACGUUUCCCGUACAUAUUAUAUUAUUGAAAAAUGUCGACUCAUAAAAAGAAGACUAGGAAGCUGAGAGGGCACGUGAGCCACGGGCACGGACGUGUUGGUAAACAUAGGAAGCAUCCUGGAGGCCGAGGAAACGCUGGUGGCAUGCACCACCACAGGAUCAACUUCGACAAGUACCAUCCUGGGUAUUUUGGUAAACUGGGUAUGAGGAAUUACCAUUUGAGAAGGAACCAAAAGUUCUGCCCUGUUAUCAACCUUGACAAGCUUUGGACUCUUGUCCCACCAGAAACCAAGGAAAAGUUCAAGAACCAUCCACAAAAGAAAGCUCCCGUCAUUGACUGUGUCCAUGCUGGUUACUACAAAGUUCUUGGCAAAGGAUACCUUCCUAAACAACCUGUAAUAGUUAAGGCUAAAUUUUUUUCUAAGGGCGCUGAGGAGAAAAUUAAAGCAGUCGGUGGAGCUUGUGUUUUAUCUGCUUAGAUAAAUAAAAGUUUUUAUUAAGAUUUUUA